CCCGCGCACUCGCUCAGCUACCGUAAUGCCCCGCGCACUCACUCAGCUACCGUAAUGCCCCGCGCACUCUCGCUUCACGCCUCUACCGUAAUGCCCCGCGCACCGGCGGCAGCGCGGCAGCGGCGAUGAGCGGGGCGCGGGGCCGCGGCGCGGGGCUGCUGGCGGCCGCGGCGUGGAGGAGCCUGUGGGAGCGCGGCCCCCGCCACGGCGGCGGCGGAGGGAGCGGAGGGAGCGCGGCCCGGCCCGGGCGGCGCGGCGGGGGCGGGACGGGGGUGCCCGGCCCGGGGGUGCCCGGCGGCAGAGCGGGGAGAGCCAAGGUUGCUGUCAGUUCUCUCAGGACACACCUGCUGUGCUUCCCCCCCGUGCCGAGCAGGAUCCAAGGCUCCAGGCCCUUCUCUCUGAGCGCGGCUGCCAGAGCCAUUUUGGGCCGGGGCAGGUGGGGAGGUGACGAGGGGAAGGAGAAACUCACCUUGAAGGACGUGGCCGAGCUCCUGCGGAAGAAGGAAUGUCGCCGUGUGGUGGUGAUGGCCGGAGCCGGGAUCAGCACACCCAGCGGCAUCCCGGACUUCAGGUCCCCCGGGAGCGGCCUGUACAGCAACCUGGAGCAGUACGACAUCCCGUACCCCGAGGCCAUCUUCGAGCUGGGCUAUUUCUUUGUCAACCCCAAGCCCUUCUUCACCCUGGCCAAGGAGCUCUACCCCGGCAACUACCGCCCCAAUUCCGCCCACUACUUCCUGCGGCUGCUGCACGACAAGGGGCUGCUCCUGCGCCUCUACACCCAGAACAUCGACGGGCUGGAGAGACUGGCUGGGAUCCCUCCCGACAAGCUGGUGGAAGCCCACGGCACCUUCGCCACUGCCACCUGUACGGUGUGUAAGAGGAACUUCCCCGGGGAGGACUUCAGGGGGGAUGUCAUGGGGGACAGAGUCCCUCGCUGCCCCGUGUGCACCGGAGUUGUCAAGCCUGACAUCGUGUUCUUCGGCGAGGAGCUCCCACAGCGCUUCCUCCUGCACCUGGCAGACUUCCCCCUGGCAGACCUGCUCUUCGUCAUCGGGACGUCCCUGGAGGUGGAGCCCUUUGCCAGCCUGGCCGGAGCCGUGCGCAGCUCCGUGCCCCGGGUCCUCAUCAACCGGGAGCUCGUGGGCCCCUUCGCGUGGCAGCAGCGCCACAACGACGUGGCCCAGCUCGGGGACGUGGUCGGGGGCGUCGAGAAGCUGGUGGAGCUGCUGGGCUGGAACGACGAGAUGCAAACGCUGAUCCAGAAGGAGAAAGAGAAGCUGGAUGCAAAGGACAAGUAGGACGGUGCUCCUGCCACCCCUCAGCACAUCACUUGAUGAUGUCCAGCCAUAAAUGUCACCAGCAAGUGGCAGGGCACUCGUGCCAGCACAUCCAGCGAGCUCCGUGUCUGCAGUUGGCCGUUUGGAUCCGCCUCCUUCCCAGCUGUCCAUCCCAGAGCCCCUUGCUGGGGCUGGUUCUAGGGAGCAGGAGCUGGGAAUGCCAGGAGUCUGGAGCAAGUUUUCCAGCUCCCACUGGACUGAGCAUCCGAGGUCUCUCCUCCCCAGCCACUGUUCCCUUGGCCACGAUCCUGAGCUGCUGCAGACUGUGUUUGUUCUUCCAUGAAAUCUCUGCUAAUCAGGGUACAGUCUGGGGGCGGGGGGGCUGCCCCCCAUUCCCAUUCCAGCUCAAGCUGCUGCGGGAUUUCUGAAUCACUAGAGUGUUAAUUAUUUAAUAAUAAAGAGAUAUAAUUCAUUUCUGGA